AUGUGUUUCGACAAGCGGUUGGAGUGUGGCCGUCUCUCUAAGUUGGAGUUGGAUGAUGCCUUGUUCGAUGCGGCAGUGACUGACGAGCUCGUCGAUUUCCAUAUGGAGAGGGAGCGUAGGGCUGUUUCGUCAAAAUGCGGAAAUGCCACGAGCAUUCCCCUCAAUGCCGGUCUGCGUGACGUCGGGGUGAGGUUCGUGUUCACUUUAUGCCAGAGUGUCAAGCUUCUUCCGGCAGCUGGACUUCAAGCCGCAACAUUGUUCGACAUCAUUUGCCUACGUCUCAAUGGCGGGGUACUCGUAGAGCAUUUGCCCUUCGUCUGCACAGUGAUCGUGAAGUUGCUGAAGAAAACUGACUCCUCGACAACCUCGGUGCCAUACGCCUCCAUGGUCCCUCACACGCAGCGCAUGGUAGAAUACGUGAGGCAGCUCGGCCACGACGUCCCUGACGCCACCGAGGAGGCGCUGAUGACUCAAGAGGCCGAGCUGCUCGUGGCGCUGAAGUGGGAGACUGACCCCUUCACGAUUGAGACCUGGGUCUCAGUCUUCGCCUCGCGGUUCAACAUUAUCACCGGUGGUAUCCACGCGGCAAAGCUGAGCAAGGCCUGGGAGCAGGGCCUGCUGUGUGCCCAGUCCCUCGUGGCGAGGCUCCCGGCCUCGCCCGAGAUGCCGCCAGUGGCACUGGCCAGGGGGCUGCUGGGCGUGAGCUUCGUCUGCGUGGGCCUGCUGCCGAUGGGGCCGACCGCGUGCGACGGGGCCUCGCCCGUGCUGGGCGCGCUGCUGGCGGCGGUCAGGGCCAGCCCCGCGGAGCUGCAGGCGGCGUGCGCGGUGGCCGCGCCCGCGCUGCGGCUCUCGGGGCUGGCCCCCUCGGAGCAGGGGCCGGCCGCCCCUGCGGCCGUGAAGCCGCUGGUCAAGUCGGCGACGCUGGCGCCUCCACUGGGCAAGGCGGCCACGCUCGCGCCCAGCGGGAAGGCGCCCGUGAUGGCCAAGCCCGCCGCCGCGGCGCUGGGCGGCAAGGGGGCGCUGACGCCUGCGAAGGCGACGCUGGCGCCGGCGUUGGGCGGCAAGGCGGUCUCCCCGCUGGGCGGCAAGGGCACGGUGGCGCCCAAGCGCAACCCGAACAUUCCCAUCCGGAGAAUCGUGUACAUCGACGACCUGGAGAUGCCCAAGCGGCCAGACCUUCCCCCGCGGGACACCGACCGCGAGGUCUUCCUCUCCCGGCUGCCGAAGGACUGCACAGACGAGCAGCUGCAGGAUCUCAUCGGUGGGUUCGGCGAGAUCGAGGAUCUGCACCUUAUCAGAGACUCGUUCACCUCCGAAUUUACCGGGAAAGGGUACGUUAGAUUCAAGACGCACAAAGAGGCGCUCGGGUGCAUUCAGGCGCAUAGCGACCCGCACGAUAAGGCGGAGGACGACGUGAUAGCAAAGUGGUCGGAGUCCGAGCGUGCGCAGCAGAAACUGAGGUCAGUCGCGGUGGCGGAUUGCACCGACAUGCUCCCCGCGUUCUGCACGGCGCCUGGCCGCCUGAUGCCCUCCUUGUGCCAGCACGCCUCGGUGAAGGAGGCGUUCGUCACCGCCGAGUGGCUGCCCAAGGUCGGCAUGAUGGCCAUGAUCGCGAAGACUGGGUCGCCCAAGCAGCUCCACUUUACCGCGGUGGUCACCGCGCCUGGGGAGGAGACGCUGCGGGGUGUGCUCUCCACUGCGCUGGAGCUCUUCCACGAGCAGGUGCACACGCACCUGGAGACGCCCGAGGCGCAGGAGAUCCUCCGGAAGCGCGCGGCGGGCGAGGAGGAGGCCGAGGAGGAGCCUGCGUGUGGCCCAUUGAUCUUUCUAGUUGCGGCUUGCGGCAAGCGGUAA